CCCCCAGUACGGAUCAUCCUAACGACAGUAACGUUCGACGUGAGAGUUUAUCUUACCAACCCCAACCUACCCCAUCAAUUGUAACCUCGAAAUCUGAAAGAGAGAAUACUGCGAAAAUGACUUCCCUCCAUCGGCCACCUAGCCCUGCCAUCACCCCUGGAAGUAGGACCCCUGAGGCAGAAAAGCUCCCGAGUACAUCUAUGAAUGCUCCUCCGAGUCCCGCACCGACGAUCAGCUCCCCUAGGUCCCCUGCUCCUCCAAGUCCCGCACCGACGAUCAGCUCCCCUAAGCCACCUGCAACUCCAAGUCAACCCUCUUCCAGACCCGUCAGACUCACAGCGCACGAGUCUCGUCCGUCAAAUCCAAAGGGAACCGAGCCUGAUGAGUGGGAAGAUGUUAUUGGCCUCUGGUCAUUUCAAGAUCCUAGGGAGAUACAAUUUCUCAACGUCGUAGACGCGAUUCGGAAUCACGACCUCCGAAAGAGCUCAAGCUACCUCAGUUAGUGGUCUGUGGGAAGCAGUCCUCAGGCAAAAGCUCCGUGAUGGAAGCUAUUACUCAUGUUUCGUUCCCACGUGGUGACGGCACUUGUACACGAUUUGUGACCGAGUAAGUACAGCUAGAACAAGUAGAGUACCAAACUAGGUCUGAUUGUCCACUCCACGAAUUCGGAGU